AUGUCCGGUAGUCUGGGCGCGUGUGCACGGUGCAAGUCCUUGAAGGUUAAGUGCGAAUUCAAAACCAACCCUGACAUCUGCAAGCGAUGUAUGAACGGCAACCACGAGUGCAUCAUUCCUGGUCGCAAGAAACGUCGCGCUCCUCCGAGGAGGGAUCUUCUUCUCGGCCAAAUCCGCGAGCAGGCAACAAAGAUUGAGGAGUUGAUGAAGCAGCUGGAGCAAGCCAACAAGCGCGCCGGCAACCCCAAGCCGCAGAGCGGCGAGAACGCGCCGUCCCCCGAGUCCGGUGACCACCACUCGACAAUGUCUGCGACGACGACCGAGCUCACAGCGUCGGACCUCGGCACACCCGAGCCUGUGCCGGAGGAGAUCACGAAGCCCGACGUACUCGACUGGAUAAAGAAGGCGCGCGAGUCGAUCGAGGCCUUUGGCGGGUAUAUCAACAUGGGUGGCCCGGGCGUGACGAAGGACUUGCUGGGCGAAGAUGUGCUCGGCUGGAAGGACAGCAGCUCGUCGGACGAAGCCGAAGAGUACCCGGAGGGGGAGCCGGAGGAGGAAGGCGACAUCCACGUCGAGGUCGAGGAUGUCGAUGCGAAGCCUGAAGGCGAGCGACCGGCUUCUCGGGGGCGGACACGUCUGGUGGAGCAACCCGACGAGGGAAGCAGCGCCCAGGGGAGAGACGCGUCGAAAGGCUCACGCAGGAAGAAGAGCCGGCAGCGGGAUAAGCUUGCGAUCCUGCCCAACGAAGCUGCGCCCCUCGGGAUGCUCGCGAACCUCAGCUUGCGUGCGUCGAGAAGCCGCAAAUCCAGCCGCAGCCCAAGCGUCAGUACGGCCGACGACAACGACUUUGGGGUCGCGAAUGAUGAUUAUUUCCGCGCGUCGAGUCCCGGCCCAGAUCGCCCGCUCAUAUACCCGCAUCAUCAAGCGCCAUACAUCCUACGCAGCGGGUUGGUGAGCCCUGUAGAAGUGGAAAAGCUGUUCAAAAUAUAUCACGAAUAUAUGAAUCCAUCUGUAUCGUUACUAGACCCCGUGUUGUAUACUGCCCAGAGGACCUAUUGGAGGAGUCCGUUCCUGUUCACUGUUGUCUGUGGAAUUGCAUCAAGAUUCUACCCUGAACGCCCAGAUUUGUAUCACCGGGCGAUGAACUGUGCGCGGCUGGCCGCGGGGUCGACGCUCAUAGGCGGCCAGAAGAGCGUCGAGACCGUACAGGCGUACAUCCUGCUUGCUUUGUAUCCUGUCCCCGCGAGAAAAUGGGAAGAGGACCGGUGCUGGGUAUACCUGGGCCUUGCGAUACGGAUCGCCACCGACCUCAAUCUCCACCAUCCACAUACAGUCGAGCCCAACGAUGAGCAGCACGCGCGCGAGAUGCUGAACCGGACCCGGACGUGGCUGAAUUGCUUCAACCUGGACCGCUCUAUGAGCUCGCAGUACGGCAAGGCGCCGAUCAUCAGCAACACAGACUACGUCGCGAGCCACUCGGAAUUCUGGUGGAAGAGUUCCCCGCACAACAUUCCCGGAUUUGACAUCCAUCUAUGUGCAUAUAACGCGGAGCUCAAGGUACUUGCCGACUACCGGUACACGAUCUUCAGCGACCCGGAGCAUCCUGUGGGCUUGAACAAGACACUCGACAUCACCGAGAUCGCUAGCACAUACGACGACAAGCUCGCGAAGCUGGGUGAGAUAUGGCUCGCGAGGAUCAAGGAGGCGGGCUUCGAAGGCGUCGCGUGCGAACUGCGCACGAGUCUCCUCAAGCUCGCGUAUAGCUACGCCCGCAUGACGGUGCUUUCGUUUGCCUUUCAACACACAUUCGGGCGAGAAACGUCGACGGGUUUCAGCGACACAUUCUUCUGGAGGUGCCUGCGUGCCUCGAAAAGUCUGAUUCGCACCCUCCUGGACGAGCUUGGUGCGCCAAAGCUCAGAGUGUUCCUUCGACACGGUCCCGAUGCUGAGUCGGUGUUCGUUACCUUCACGUGCGCAUUCCUCAUCAAGACCUUGCACCCACGAUACGCGCAACACAUCCCGCGCGACACUCGGAUCGAGAUCCGAACCAUGGUAGAAGAAGUCGCGAAUUUCUUAGGCUCCCCGGAGGUAGCGGUAGACGACCGCCACGGACCGAAGCUCUACUCUCGCUUCCUCAAGGGGCUGCUGGAAAUGCCGCUCGCGCACAUCGACCACUCUCCCACCGCCCUGAAACGGUCGAUGAAGCCGCUCGCGCCCGCAACCCCCUCUCCCGACAGCCGCCCAGGGUCCUCUUCUCCGAUGCCGCCCACCCCAGUGCAUGUCCCCGCGCCUCCGCUUCCGCAGCAGAGUGGGGUGAAGGAGGAACAGCGGUUCGCACAGGACUCGCAGAUGUUCGAUGGCCUUGAUCUCGGAUAUCCUGAUUCACAGGGGCAGCCCAUCAACGCGGCGGAGCUGUACAGCCCACCCCUGCCCUUCGACCACGAGCUUCUCCAAGAGAUGCAGACGCUGACGGAUCCGAACUGGGCGAACAUGGUCUUGCCAGGGUUCAAUUGGAUGGAUGCUAUGCAAGACCCUGACAUCCAGAUGCGCUUCAACGCCGACUACGGUGCUCCUUCACAGCAGUAG